AUGGAGAACCCCGAGGCACAGCUGCAACACAGCUUGCGCAGUCUCGCCGCCACCGAAGACAUACGGUCCCUUCCAACAGACCCCAGUUUAACCUCAAGAAUCAGCGCCCACUUCGAAGCAGCAGCAGCAGCUGCUGCUGCCACGGGCGGACCCCAGCCCUUUGCAGUGCUGCAGGCGACGACAACAGGAACUACAGCAGCGGGAACUCAUUUGCAACAUUCCCCGCAUGCUGAGCGGCUCAUCGACAACUCAGUUAACCCUCCAUCACUACCGCCGCACCAACAACAGUUAUCGCACGCACAUCACCAGCAUCAAUUCCACACGCCAAACAAUAAUGGUUUUCUCGAUCACAGAAAUAAUGGCCAGGUCGAUAUGCUGCAGCAGCUGCAGACUCCUCUCCCGGCGCAUCUCCUGAACCAAUUCCACAGCACCUCGCCUAAUAUCGAAGCUGCCAAUCACUCAGACCAAUCGCCUUCGCCUGCUUCCGCCCAUAACAGAGGAGAGGGCCACUUUAAAAAUAUGAAAUUGAUACCAAAUCCUCCCGAUCUAAAGAGAUGGAGGGAGCGAUUAUUUAACGUGGAUGAUGAUCCAAUUGUGAUGAGCGAAGAAGAAUUCCAAACUUACUUCCCCCAUGUUGACAACGUCUAUUCCCACCGCUCCACCCAGAAAUACAAACGCAAGCUCUUCGUCUCGCACUACUGGGACUGUCGCCUCAAGGGCCGCCCACCAGGAACCCCAAAAUCCCGUGAUCCAAACAAGAAGAAGCGCAAACGCACAGCCCGCGAGCGCGAUUUAUGUGACGUCAAAAUCAAGAUUACAGAGUAUUUCCCCGGAGCCCUGGCUGUGCCUCCAAACCUGCUGGGUCUGGAUGCCAUGUCCUCCUUGGAGCAAAAUAUGCAAAAUGCUGCCGCUGCCGUUGCUACUGGUACCGAUUUCCUCGACCCCGUUGUUGCUGGCCAGAAUGAACUAUCGCGUGUUGCCAAUAGUAAUAAUCCACAGCCACAAGCAGAGCCUCACUAUCAGUUUGGCGUCCUGACGUUGCGGAAGACGCUACCUCAGGGCCACCCUGGCUAUACCGGUGAGAAGUACUAUACAAUCCAGAGGGUUAAUGGGAAUGGGGGGAAUGGGAGGGCAGACGGCAUUGGUGGGCCCCAUAGGCAUACACUGGAGGAAAGCGACAGGGUUAAGAAGAAUAGCGUGCAGCGUCAUAUGCUUAAGGUGGAGAAGGAGAGGAGGAAAACUAUGGCCCACCAGAAAACCUAUCACAAAAAGGCCUCUGGCCUUGCCGCCACAACUGUCAAAAAGCACGCUAAGGAAGCAGAUUUGAAGCUCUUUGGGAGUUGUUUCUGUCCGUUCGUCCAGCGUGUUUGGAUAGCGUUGGAGGUCAAGGGGAUCCCAUACCAGUAUAUCGAGAUUGAUCCGUACAAGAAGCCCGAUUCGUUACUGGAAAUGAAUCCACGUGGUUUGGUGCCUGCCAUCCGGCAUGGGAACUGGGAAUGCUAUGAGAGCACAGUUUUGCUGGAAUAUCUCGAUGACCUUGAUACCGGUAAUCUUCUACUCCCGUCGAGAGAUCCUCAACUACGCGCUCAUUGCCGUUUAUGGGCAGAUCACAUAAACCGCCACAUAAUCCCCACCUUCUACCGCCUCCUGCAAGAGCAGGACCUGCAAAAGCAAAUCCAGCACUCAGAAGAGUUGAAGGAAGAAAUUAGCAAGCUUGUUAAUGCCUCGCACAUGCACGGGCCGUUCUUCCUCGGCCCGACAAUCUCCUUUGUAGAUAUCCAAUUUGCGCCCUGGAUACUACGGCUCAGCCGCGUGCUGAAACCGUAUCGGGGCUGGCCGGAUCCUGAGAAAGGGAGUCGCUGGGCUGCAUGGGUGGAUGCUAUCGAGGCUGAUGAACGUGUCAGGGCCACGACGAGCGCGGAUGACCUGUAUUUGGAUAGUUAUGAGAGGUAUGCUGGUAAGUAA